AUGCUCAAGUGACCACUUCUCUCCACUCAAAAAAACAAAGCGGACGGUUUGAGCGGGAAUUGCACACUCCCAGUCCACCAUUAGGCCACAAAAAUCGUUUGUGAAUCCUUGGAGAUCAUUUCGAAAUUGAAAAAAACACCAGCGCACAUUAAAAUCGUUCAAAAUUGAAAAUUCAAUGUUUAAGUAAUUCUCUCGUGACAAAUAUACGUUGGAUCAACUCAGGAGAGGUCAUUUCAAGUUCUUAUAAACGUCAAUAGAACGCCAGUGGCAGAUAAACAUGGCCGAGCAAGAAGAAACUGUUGAGAAUGUCGAAGAGGAGAAGUCAGUUACAAUGCUGGACGUCUUGCAGGAGGAGAAUCAGCUUGAGGAAGAUGCUAAUGCUGUUCUGGGGGCUUCUGAUGAUAAGAAUUGCACUUACGGUCAGGGAUAUAUCAGACAAGCUCUGUAUGCUUGCAACACUUGCUGCCCUGGGGGCAAGGAGCCUGCAGGUGUCUGCCUGGCCUGCAGCUUUCAUUGCCAUGAAGGCCACGAGCUGAUUGAACUGUACACAAAGAGACACUUCAGGUGUGACUGCGGGAAUUCCAAGUUCAAUGGGAAAAAAUGCAGUUUGGAUCCUGCAAAAGCAAGUACCAAUAGUGAGAAUGAGUACAAUCAGAACUUCACAGGGGUGUACUGCACCUGUGGCAGGCCAUAUCCAGAUCCCGAAGAUACCACCAAUGAUGAGAUGCUUCAGUGUGUCAUCUGCGAGGAUUGGUACCACUCAAAACACCUGAACUGCAAGGAUGACACUCCUGAGGAGAACUCCUACGAAGAGGUCGUGUGUUCUGGAUGCAUGAGCAAGCAUGACUUCCUGUGGCGUUAUGCACUACAGUAUUCUGUUAAUAAGAGCAUUAAGAAGGAGGGGGAGAAGGUGGAUGAGGCUGUUGAUGUCACUGGGGCAUCUUCUGAGUGUAAACUGCCUGAGAAGGGGGUGGAGAAUGCUGAGGGUUCGUGCUUCUGGGCUGAGGGAUGGAGGGCUGCUCUGUGUACCUGUGAUAAUUGCAAGAAGAUGUAUGAGAAAGGAAAUGUCUCUUUCCUCAUUGAUCCCACUGACAGUGUCCAGGCCUAUGAAGAAGCUGGAAAACUCGUACGUUCAGAAUCAGCAUAUGAGAGAGGAAUGAAGGCUCUUGCUUCCCUCGAUCAUGUCCAGCAAGUCAAUGCCAUUGAAGAAUAUAACAACAUGAAGGACCACUUGAAGCAGUACCUGAAGAAAUUCGUGGAGAACAAGAAAGUAGUACGUGAGGAGGACAUAAAGGAAUUUUUUUCUGAAAUGUCAUCAAACAAGCGCCCAAAAGUCACUGUCCCCACAUUCUGUCGUUAAUUAAUCCAAGGUACAACUAUAUUUUUUUAUAAAUCCAUAAAAUAUUGUCGGCGCAUCACUUGAAUUAUGACAUCUCCGGGUUUAGCAUGCCUACAAAAAGUAAAAGCUGUGAAAAAUUGAACAUUUCGAAUCAUAUAUAAUCACGAUGCAUUUUGAAAUAUUAUUGAUAAAUAAAUGAGCUAAGUCAUUUUGUAAUAA